GUCUCAUCGCGAGACAGGGGGUGCUCGAGCGACCUUUCAUUCCAUAUUACACAACUCUGCCGCGCGCCCUCCCUGCCGACCUGCUCUUCUUGCAGAAAGGCGAUCGUCCUGCCAGGCUUGUUUUGCGAAGCACCAUGGCGAUACCAGACGUCCUCCCAGCGAGCUUUGCCUACGUGAUCCUGACCUUCUUCUACAGCUGGAUCAUGCUGUUUUACCUCAGCAUCCAAGUCGUGCAGGCGAGGAAGAAAUACGGCGUCAAGUACCCGGCUAUGUACAGCGACAAGGAGCAGCUGUUCAACUGCAUUCAAAGAGCCCACCAAAACACGCUGGAGGUCUUCCCGCAGUGGCUGAUCUUCCAGUUCAUAUCUGGACUUGCUUACCCUGUGGUAGCCUCUGUGCUUGGCGCAAUCUGGGUCACCAGCAGAUUUUCAUACGCCUGGGGAUACUACACUGGGGACCCAGAGAAGAGAAUGAGAGGGGCCUAUGGUUACAUUGGAUACUUUGGAGUCAUUCUGCUGUCUCUUGCAGCUGCUCUUCAAAUGCUGGGGCUCUUUUAAUAUUUCCCUGGGUCUUAGGGUCAGAGUGUUGGCACUGGCUACCAUAGGAGUCAAACCCUAGAUCCUACAGGGCACAGUCCUCACUUGAGGAAUUUAAAUUUAAAUCAGAUGACGUCUUAUAAGUGAGAAACAGUUUUAACACAUGAUCAAAAACUUGAAAUUUUUCUCAGAAUGUCAAGUCUGUAAGUACAGAUAUGUACAUCAAAUAGUUUUUUAUAAUCGUUCUUAAGUAACCAACUUAUAGAUAGAUUUAAUAUUGCGGAUAUUCUUAUUACAUUUUUAACGCAGGCCGAUAUUGACCAUCUGAAUGCACACUACGUUUACAAUGGAUAUGAGGAGAUUUCUAUAAAUGCUCACUUCGUAGCAGAAAAUAUCAAGCACUUAAUAGUUUUUCCUUUCAUUUGAUUACUAGCUGCUUCCAUAGCGCAGAAUAAAAGGUUCCAUUAGAAACUGAUUAUCUCAGGCACUUGGAAAGAACCUACUUGGACAUCUGAGAGGAAACACCUGUCAAGACUUAGAGCUUAGAAGGAAAAUGAAGUCCUACAUUCCAACUGAUGUUCUAUACAGUAUGUUCCACACAACAAAUCUAGACUUGCCACUGUUGUUGAUCUCAAUCCAAGUGGCCAAAUAUGCCAUUGUUAAACCUGUGUAUGUUUGCACAGUUGUUUUUUUUAAUAUGCUUUGCAAAUCCAGUUUCUUUAGAUUCCACCUGCUGAAACGGACAGCACAUGAUAUACCCAGGCUUUGUCCUGUGAUAUCCUGCAUCACUCGGAGGUUGAGAACAGGAUGGCUUGAAUCUUAAAGCAUGAUAAGGUUUUGUAGGAAACUAAGGUGCACAUUACUUCAUCCACAUUGUUGCCCAACCUCAUUCUGUUUAUGGCCUGUCAUCAUGUUAGUCCUGUUUUCUAUUCUCUUAUCUUUCCCCCUCAUUAAUUAAUCUCCUGGGAAAUCGCUUUAUUAAAAACAUUGCUUAAAAAUAAAGAUAAGAAAAAUAAAGAAUGGUAAAGAUUAAAAAUGAAGUCAUAAUUCAAUUGGUACAUCACAUUAUGGGUGUUAAAAGAAGACCUGACUACACCAACUGUCGUGCUUCAAUAGCCUGUAUAAAAUAUCUAUCUUGUGGUAAAAUAUUCUUUAAUUGCAUUUAUAUAGGCUUUGCUGUUGAGACAUUUUUAUGUCCUGUAAAUGUAAUAGAGGAAUAUGUUCAGCCUGAAAUCUGUGAUCUAUAAUGUAAUUCCUGAAGUAAAAUGACUUUUAAAAGCUGUGUUCUGCAAUUAGCAUGAAGAUAUAAAUGCAAAGUAGCACGUUGAGAUUUUUUUAAUGGUACCGCCUAUUACAGGGGUGUCCAAUCUAGGGGUCUAGGGGUUCGUUGUGUGUUCGGGUUUUCAUUUCACCUCAGCUAUAUGUCUACUAUUCUGUGAGAUGCUGGUGCAAGAUGACAACAAAACCCUCCAGGACCAGGAUUGGAUACCCUUCAUCAAUCACUACACUUGACUUUAAUUUCAGAUAUCUCCCCUUAAACUUGUAACAAAAUGUGUAUUUUUUUUAACAAUAAAAUAAUUUUUUUACUGUG